CCCAUGUACUUCUUCCUCCUCAACCUCGCCCUCCUCGACCUGGGCUGCAUCUCCACCACUCUCCCCAAAGCCAUGGCCAAUGCCCUCUGGGACACCAGGGCCAUCUCCUACGCAGGAUGUGCUGCACAGGUCUUCUUCUCUCUCCUCUUCAUCUCGUCAGAAUAUUCCCUUCUCACAAUCAUGUCCUAUGACCGCUACGUUGCCAUCUGCAAGCCUCUGCACUAUGGGAACGUGCUGGGUGGCACAGCUUGUGCCACCAUGGCAGCAGCUGCCUGGGGCACUGGGCUUCUCUUUUCACUGCUGCACACUGCCAAUACAUUUUCACUGCCUCUCUGCCAAGGCAAUGCUGUGGAUCAGUUCUUCUGUGAAAUCCCCCACAUCCUCAAGCUCUCUUGCUCAGAAUCCGACUACUUCAGGGAAGCUGGGCUUAUCAUGGCUGGUGUCAUCACCUUUUUUGGGUGUUUUGUCUUCAUUGUUGUGUCCUAUGUGCAGAUCUUCAGGGCCGUGCUGAGGAUGCCCUCUGAGCAGGGACGGCACAAAGCCUUCUCCACGUGCCUCCCUCACCUGGCUGUGGUCUCCCUGUUUCUCAGCACUGCCAUGUUUGCCUACCUG